AUGGGGCACUGGAUAUGUUGCCUUUGCUCCAGAGUUACAGACUCGUUGAUGCUGCUCCUGGUUUUGGCUCUGAGCUGUAACCUGUCCACAGCAGCAACAGCUUCUCCGUCUGCGCCCCACGUCAAACCCAGCUACAGUUUUGGCCGGACUUUCCUGGGACUUGAUAAAUGCAACGCCUGCAUUGGGACAUCCAUUUGCAAGAAAUUCUUUAAAGAAGAAAUAAGGUUUGACACCUGGCUUUCUUCUCGUUUCAAGCUGCCCUCCAGCUAUCUGCUCAGCUACUCGGGCAACUACACCGAUGAUGACAAGAGCUGGCGGUCGGUCGACAUCACCCGGCUGACCACCAAGUACCAGCACGACCGGGCAGACAGGCGCAUCUGCACCUCCCUGCUGAAGACGAAGACCUGCAGCCUGGAGCGCGCCCUGCGCCGCACGCGUCGCUUCCAGAAAUGGCUGGGGGCCAAGCGCCUCACCCCCGACCUGGUCCAGGGCCUGUCUAGCCCAAUGCUGCGCUGCCCGUCCCAGCGUCUCCUGGACAGGAUAGUGCGGCGCUACGCUGAGGUACCAGAUGCUGGCAGCAUCUACAUGGACCACCUCACCGACCGGGACAAACUGCGCCUCCUGUACACACUGUCAGUGAAUUCACACCCCAUCUUGUUACAGAUCUUCCCCAACGUGGAGGGAUGGCCCUUCCCACGGUACCUGGGCUCCUGCGGCCGGCUGGUGGUCAGCGCCAGCACCCGGCCUCUGCACGACUUCUACGACGCGGCCCCUGCGGUGGCCGCCGACCUGGCCCUCCAGCUCCUCACUGUCCUCCGCUCCAUGGGCACCAACGACCUCAACUAUUUCUUCUACUUCACCCACGUGGAUGCUGGCACCUUCGGUGUGUUUAGCAAUGGGCAUCUGUUCAUCCGGGAUGCCAGCACACUGGGGAUCAUCGACAAGGAGGAAGGGAGCCAGCUGAUUGAUGGCCAGCAGGAGUAUAAAGAUAUAUUUAGCUGUUUGACUGUGGACUGCCAGUCUGCAUUUGUGUCCUGUAACUCCAUCAGAGAGAAGCACAACCUCGUCAUGGUGUGCCGAGAGCUUUUGCCAAAGCUCCUGAAGGGGAAAUUUCUGCAACCCUUGCAGGAGAAAAUAGACAGCUUCCUGCAGAACUGCGCCGAUGGCCCUGCCGAUGACCACGGUGUCGACGAGGCAGUUGCAAAGCUGGAAGAGCUCCUGAAACCUCUGCGAUCUUGUGAUUCUCGUUUUGCCUACCGCUACCCUGACUGCAAAUACAGUGAAAAAUACUGA